UUAACUCAUGACCAGAUGGCGACCGCCUCUUACACGGACCGCCAUGAUGCCCUCCUACGCUUGCUUUCAAUCCACGCUGCAACAGCCUCCGGGUUCCAAAACACGUUCGCCAUCUCGCCAUCACCUACGCUAGCCGAUCAACACGGCGCGACUCUCGAUGUGCUUCUUCUUCAAGCUUGGGCAGGCCGUGCAGACAUCCCCAAGUAUCAGAUGGAUCAGAUAGAGGACGCGCGCUUGACGAAAAAAGACUUUGAUGUAUUGGGCUUACUGGGCGAAGGGCAAUUUGGAGUAGUUGAGGCUGUCCGGUAUCCUCAAGGAGGGCAAGUGUACGCUAUGAAAACAAUGCAAAAAGCCUACGUUGCACGAGCGGGUACCCAAUUAUCCCUAGCCAACGAACGGCAUAUUCACGAUCUUGCACGAUCAGAAUCUGUACCACUGUUCCCACACCUCACUGCAACUUUCCAAACCCCAGACUCUCUACAUCUCCUUACGACAUAUGCUGCAUGUGGCUCCUUGUGGGACCGCCUCUGCUCAAUGACAUCCCUUGGCUCCUCGUUCCCUCGCCUGUCUGAAGAAGAGAUAGGAUGGUGGGCGCCUCAGAUGGUUGCAGCUGUGGAUUGGCUUCAUCAGAACAUGUUUGCACAUCGAGACAUCAAGCCCCAUAAUUUUAUUAUCACUGAAACCCAUCAUCUACUCCUCACCGAUUUUGGAUCUGCUGCUGUGCUCAAAGUUGCUCCCCCCGGUGACUUACCUUAUGUCCCUUGGCAUCUCUGCACGCAGCCCAUUGGGACUCCGGACUAUAUUGCCCCUGAGAUUCUGGCAAUUGCAGAGGAUGCAAUAAUCCAGUCAAGUCAGUCCCAAUCAACCAACAUCAGUGAGGCUGUUCUCAGUAAGGGAUACACAAGUAAUGUGGAUUGGUGGAGUCUGGGAGCUACAUUGUUCGAGCUUUCCACUGGAAAAGCGCCAUUUUGGGCAGAGUCAAUAGAAGAGACGUAUCAGGAGCUGAUCUCCUACCAUGACAAUCUCUUUCUCCCUUCCCACCUCUCCUCAGACUUGCAAAUAGUCUUGCAAGGCUUGAUAGCUACUUCCUCAAAAAGAUAUUCAAAUGCUUCACAGAUCAAGCAAUCCAGCUUUAUGCUCAGAUAUUCACAGGACACAAUGGAAACAAUUAAACCACCCCCCAGCUUACAAUCCCUCACACCUCUCAAACUCUCCCACCUACCAAACAGCCCAAGUGGCUUUUCUGUCUCUGGACAAUUCACUUUCAAUCAUUUUUUUGAUGACUCACUAUCAACAGAAGGAGUUAGCAUGUUGUCCUCAUCACAUAAGACACCUAGCACCAAUUUUCAGCCUUGGUAUAGAUGGGUAGGCUGGUCUUACCUUCCAGAACCUAGCAGCUUUGAAGCAGCAAGCACUCUCUCUAUGUCCCUACCAGAGACUACAGUCAGGCACCCUUUUGUGACUCCCAAAAGGCCCGGUCAAAGGCCAGGAUAUCCAUGGUCUUGUGGAACAACAAAAUCAGGACUGGCAGCCCAUUCACAGGCGAGGCCUCUAUCCCAAAAGCAAGCCUAUGGGGAACUACUUGAUUGUGUCAAACAGAGUGCUAAAAAGCACAUAGCAAAUAAAACAUAUGGGUAUCCAGAACAACUGUAUCCAAAAACUACUGCAGGUAGUAGUGUCUUUCAGCUAGAAACAGACAGUUUACAUGGGCUUCAAUUCAGACAAGAGAGACUGCAACAAAGCAUAUAUGUGAGUGAAACCUUAAGCUGGUUGUAUCCAUACACCUCUAUACAUUGCCCAUCACUCAUCCAUGUUUCAGGCUUUGAACAGUAGACUAUCAAAGAUGAAGCAGUCUCUUGAGGCUCAUGAACACUGAUGACCUGCUCCCUCUCACCUGGCAGCAGCCAGACACCACAGUGCCCUGAUCCAAAAGUACCAUCAGAAUGUCAAGCUUGGUGUAAAGUCAGUCAGAAUUUGCUGCUCACCAAGACCUUCUUCAAUCAGGCAAUGCAAUGCUUAGGCAUCAAGCAGAUCUGUCUAUCCUCAAUCAAUACACAGUUCUCAUCCUGGAAGAGAACAAGCACAAGCUAUUACACAUGUCCCUCCCUCCAGAGCAUCAGCAUUCAUAUGUAUAGUCACAACAAACAAGUUUGCUGCCCCCUGAUUUUGGUCCCAUCCAUGCACACAUUCUCCCAUACUGUAUAUACCUUCAGAGCUGUGUGAUACAUCUAUCCUCUUAUGCAGACACUAGCAAUGUACCUGCCCCCAGUUCCCAGUGGGGUAGGGUCCACAUAGAGUACUAAGCAAGUGGAAGCAACAUGUCAAAAUUGG